AUGCAACAAGUUCAUUUGGCAUACAAAACACUAGGCCAACGCAAACACUCCCAUCUAAGCAUGGAAAUCAUCAUUCUUUCCGUUGUCUUGUUAUUAUCUACAGCCUUACUUUUUGGUCCAUAUUAUUUCAAAACUAGCACAAAACAUAACAUGAAGAACCACAAAACAUUGCCACCAAAACUCCCCGGGGAAUUGCCUCUUAUAGGCCAUCUUCACCGCCUACGAGGCUGCACAACGGUUGCUCGACUUUUAGGAGGUAUGGCAGACGAGCACGGCCCCAUCUUUUCACUCCGGCUCGGCUACCGCCAGGCUGUCGUCGUGAGCCAAUGGGAGCUCAUAAAAGAUUGUUUCACCGUAAACGAUCAAAUUUUCCCCAGCCGGCCAAAAAUGGCCAUCCUCAAGCACAUCGUCUAUAAAGGCGCGGUUUUUGCACUAGAGCCUCACGGACCCUUUUGGCGCGACAUUCGAAAAAUCGUCACCUCACAGCUCUUCACGACCCAACAGCUCGAGAAAUUGAGCCAUAUUCGAGUAUCGGAGGUCGGUCGGUCGGUUUCGGAUUUAUACUCGAUGAUGCUAAUCGGAAAGAGCAAGAACGGGCGUGACGAACUUCGCUUGAGGGAAGCCAUAAAGAAAGUGUUGUACCUUAGCGGACAAGUAGUCGUGUCCGACGCAAUCCCGUGGCUCGAGUGGAUGGACAUUGGCGGGUACUUGAAAGCUAUGAAGACAAAAACAGAGGAACUCGACACGAUCCUCGACACUUGGCUUCACGAACAAAUCCUUCAUUCGAACGCUCGUCAUUGUUCGGAUCUCAUGGACGUGAUGUUUUCCGCGCUCGAUGAAAAUUACAAAGUCGAAGGCCAAAACCGCGCCACCAUCAUCAAAGCGACAAUGUUGAUCCUUCUCAUGGCGGGUUCGGAAAGCACGGCCGAAGCCCUUAUAUGGGCCGUCUCGCUUUUGCUUAACAACCCGCGCGUUUUUCAAGCUGCUCGAGAGGAGCUCGACUUUCACGUCGGGCAAAACAGGGCAGUCGAGGAAGCCGACAUCAAGAAACUAAUCUAUUUACAAGCUGUGGUUAAAGAAACUUUAAGGCUUUACCCUCCGGGACCCUUGGCCGGGCCCCGCGAGUCGACUGAGAGUGGUUACAUUGGGAAAUAUUACGUUGCGAAGGGGACUCGAUUGGUGGUGAAUGUUUGGAAGCUGCAUAGGGAUCCGGAGGUGUGGGCCGACCCGGAGGAUUUUCGACCCGAGAGGUUUUUGGAGGAGAAUGGGAGUAAUGUGGGCUUUGGGGGGCGAAAUUUCGAGUAUAUUCCGUUUGGUUCGGGACGGAGAAUGUGCCCGGGAGUGAAUUUUGCUUUGGUUGUUGUGAAUUUCGCGCUCGCUCGUUUGAUUCAGGGGUUUCGGGUGUCGAUGCCGAUGAAUGUGAUGAGUGUGGAUAUGAGUGAAGGGAAAGGGUUAGCCUUACCCAAGGUGAAACCACUUGUUGUUGUUGUUGAGCCUAGACUUGCAAGGGAGCUCUAUGAAAAUUAUGUAGUUGGUAGGGAAUGA